AUGGAUUGGAAAACUGCAAAAAUUAUUAUCGCAUCAACAGCUACCAUCGUCGUCGCUUCCCAGGUAGUGAAAAAGCUCUACAAACACAUUUAUAACUUCAAUAAAAAGUCUGACACCGAGGUUGUAGGUGACGACGCGUGUAGCGAUGUUAUAAUCAACAAAACACGAGAAAUCAAUGAUGUGAUAUUAUUUUCGGAUAGUAUUAUUCAUCACUCAGUACGAGUCCCAACUAAUAAGGAUAUAAAAAUAUGUGAAAGCAGAGAAUUGAACUGUUUUAAACUAAUAAAAUAUAUAAAAUCUGCAAGAGAAACAUUAGAUGUUUGUAUGUAUCUCAUAACAAGUAAUGAAAUAUCUGAACAAAUUAUAAGAUUGGGACAGAAACAUGUGCUUGUUCGAAUUAUUGUUGAUAGUGAUAUAGCUUUUACUCCACCAUCACAAAUAAAAAAAUUAAAGGAAUACAGUUUCAUACAAGUGCAAAUGAAUAAGAAAAACAUUCUAAUGCAUCAUAAAUUCUGCAUCAUUGACGGUCCGAAAGCAAUCAGACGCAAAAGUAUUCUAAAAGCCUAUGCUGAAAAAUUAAAUGUACAUGCACGAUUUGCUAAACAAAAUGUGAAGCCAUCAAAAGCCAAGCCAGUAAGAGGAUUUGUUAUGUCUGGGUCGUUAAAUUGGUCCACUCAAGCAAUGGUCUCUAACCAUGAAAGUGUAAUAGUUACAUCUCAUUCCAAUAUAGUCAAUAAAUUCGAAACGGAAUUCGAAAGUCUUUGGGUAGAAGAUGAACCUAUUCUUAUUUCUGCAGCAUGA